AUGAGCGAUCAUGAUGUCGAUAAUGGGAUUCAAUUAAACAAACCGUAUGCAGAUGUGGAGAAGAAUCCCUUGGAUCAGGUUUCUUUUACGGCCUUCUGCCUUGGAAUCGUGCUAGGAAUUUUUCUAGGGUCACUGAUGAUUAUCAAAUUGAAGAAUUUCAAUUUUUACAUUAUUUCUUUAUGCAUAUUCCAUUUUCUUGAGUACUAUAUUACAGCGAGAUAUGACUCUAGUAAAGUCAAUUUGGACUCCUUUUUGCUCAAUAAUGGUUCAGCAUAUCUAAUAUGUCAUAUAAUAGCCAUUAUAGAGACUCUGGUCGAGUACGUUUAUGAACCCGACUUCAAAGCUGACAAUGAAUCAGCAUUUUCAAAAACUGUCGUAAGGUUGGGUUACUUAUGUAUGUUUGUGGGCCAAUUUGUGAGAUCUUUAGCGAUGGCUACCGCAGGUAGUUCCUUCUCGCACAUAGUGCAACAGGAAAGACAGUCCGACCAUGUUCUGGUGAAACAUGGAAUAUACAGUUGGUCAAGGCAUCCAAGUUAUUUUGGGUUUUUUUACUGGGCCGUCGGCAGUCAAAUGAUUUUACUUAAUCCAGUCUCCUUCGUACUGUUUUCAGUCAUACUAUGGAGAUUUUUCAAUCAGAGAAUAAAGGUUGAGGAAGCCUAUUUAAUCAGGUUCUUUGGCGAUGAGUACAUCCAGUAUAAAAGCCAAAUUCCUGUGAGAAUUCCUUUCAUUAAAUAA